AUGAAGGCGCUAAAAAAUUACAUGGGACCAGCUACGGUGCUGAUGCAUCUAGUGCUGCUGCUUGCAACGGUCGGUGCGGACGAAGAAAGUCGACUGGUUUGCUACUUCACCAACUGGUCACCGGACCGGGGCGGUGAAUAUGCGUUCAAUGUCAAUGACAUACCGGUCGACCUAUGCACCCACGUCACGUACACGUUUGCCGGCGUGGACGAGCACACGUUCGAGCUGAGGCCCACCAACCGGAAGUACGACAUUCUUCAGCAAGGUUACGAGAAGUUUGCCAACCUGAAGAAGGCCAACCCGGAGCUGAAGCUUUCACUGGCCGUGGGAGGCUGGGCGCACGGUGGUGAACCGUUCCAGAAGAUGGCCGCCACACUGAACGGCCGUGAGGUGUUCAUUGCGAGUGUGAUCGAGUUUCUGAAGCGGUACGACUUGGACGGUAUCGAAAUUGUGUGGCUAUGGCCUGGUAGUCCAGACCGGGGUGGAACGACCAGCGAUAAGGACAAUCUGUAUUUAUUGGUAGCGGAGUUAAGGAGUGCGUUCCGGGAGGCGGGAUACGAGGGUUGGGAGGUGGUCGUGCAAGUGCCUCUCGAUCGCUACCGAAUCGAUCUGGGUUAUCAUCAGAGUCAGCUGUGUCGUGUGGCGAACUUUGUGUACGUAACCGGAUAUGAUCUUCGUGGUUCGUGGAAUGGAUUCACCGAUGUGCACAGCCCCAUGAAUAAUCGUCUAUUCGAUACGGGCGCCCUGAAGGAUUUAAACGUUAAGGGAGGCAUACAGCACUGGAUAAAAAGUGGCUGUCCGGCGAACAAAAUCGUACUUGGUGUGCCACUGUUUGGACGGACGUACACGCUCGAGAACAGUGAGCAGAAUGGACUGGCUGCACCGAUCACCGGUCCUGGAGCUCCCGGACCACACACGGCCGAAGGUGGCUACCGGGGAUACUUUGAGAUUUGCGCCGAAAUGAAACAAUCCCAGUGGACGAUCGAUUGGGAUGAACGAGGCCUUUGUCCGUACGCGUACCAGGGCAACCAGUGGGUUGGCUAUGAGAAUAAUAUUUCGCUCGUAGAGAAAGCCAACUUUGCCAAGUUCCAGGGCCUGGCGGGAGUGUAUGCCUUUUCGCUCGAUCUGGACGAUUACCGGGGCAAAUGUGGUGCUCCGUAUCCGUUGCUGACUGCGUUGCGGAAUGCGUACAAGCCGAAAAAAAUCUGUGCACCGGACGAUGAGCGUGACUUUGCGCUAUUCCGUGAGCCGUGUGACUUGGCUUAA